GACACCAGCCAAAUUCACACAUCUCUCUAUCUCUAUCUUUCUUCUUUCUUGGCCGUCUCUCACACCCACUCUCGGUAACCGACGAUUCAAGUAAUAAGAAUAAACAGCAUAUCCUCCAAGAAAAGGCAUUUUCAAUUUAUUCCUUCAAGAGAGAGAGAUUAAUCCCAAUCUGAGCACCAUGGAUCGCUGCAUCUAUGGUUGCUCCAUCGUAUCUUUCUUACUCCUCCUCACUGCAUCGGCUUUGCCACAAAGUCUCGAACCGGGUCACCACAACAUAACCGGGUCUGGAGGUCAAAUCAACUCAAACUCAGUCCUCGUAGCUCUCCUCGACUCUCGUUACACCGAGCUCGCGGAGCUCGUCGAGAAAGCUCUCCUCCUCCAAACACUAGAAGACGCCGUCGGUCGUCACAAUAUCACAAUCUUUGCCCCUCGCAACGAAGCCUUAGAGCGUGACCUUGACCCGGAUUUCAAACGGUUCUUGCUCCAACCGGGUAACCUCAAGUCUCUCCAGACGCUGCUCUUGUCCCACAUUAUCCCCACUCGGGUCGGGUCAACCCAAUGGCCCGAAGAGAGCACCGGACGGGUCAAACACGUCACGCUAGGACGCGACCAAGUGCUGCAUUUGAGCAAAACCAAAGGUAACGGGAAGAGACUGGUGAACUCCGCCGUGAUAACCCGACCCGAUAAUUUGACCCGACCCGAUGGGUUGAUCCACGGUAUCGAACGGCUUUUAAUCCCUCGCUCGGUGCAAGAAGAUUUCAACCGGCGGAGAAACCUCCGGUCAAUCUCCGCCGUGUUACCCGAAGGAGCUCCGGAGAUCGACCCGAGAACAAACCGUCUCAAGAAAUCCGCCGCCGCAGCCGUCGCGGUACCCGCCGGAUCUCCACCGGUUCUCCCGAUCCAAUCCGCCAUGGCUCCAGGUCCGUCGCUAGCUCCGGCGCCGGCUCCGGGACCCGGAGGUCCACGUCACCAUUUCAACGGCGAGGCUCAGGUCAAAGAUUUCAUCCACACGCUGCUGCACUACGGCGGGUACAACGAGAUGGCGGAUAUUCUCGUGAACCUGACGUCGCUCGCGACGGAGAUGGGACGGUUGGUGUCGGAAGGCUACGUCCUCACCGUGCUAGCUCCCAACGACGAGGCUAUGGCGAAACUGACGACGGAUCAGUUGAGCGAGCCCGGGGCUCCGGAGCAGAUAAUGUAUUACCACAUUAUACCGGAGUAUCAGACGGAGGAGAGUAUGUAUAACUCGGUUAGGAGAUUCGGGAAGGUGAAGUAUGAAACGCUGCGUUUUCCUCAUAAAGUUGCGGCGAAGGAAGCUGAUGGUUCGGUUAAGUUCGGUUCUGGUGACCGGUCUGCUUACUUGUUCGAUCCGGAUAUUUACACGGACGGUCGGAUUUCGGUUCAGGGGAUUGAUGGUGUCUUGUUCCCUGAGGUGGAAGAAGAGACGGUUAAGAAACCGAGUGGUUCGGUUAAGAAAGUUGUUCAGACAAGAAGAGGGAAGUUGCUGGAAGUAGCAUGUAGAAUGCUUGGAGCAAUUGGCAAAGACUCAUAUAUAAGCAAAUGCUGAAUGAAUUCACAAACCCUAAGAGAUUAUUGAAGCCAAAUCUCUAAACUGUUAUCCGUAAACACGUACAAAAGGUUGUUAGGAGAAACAAAUGAAGAUUUGGAAGAGACAAAAAAGAGUGGAACAUCAAUGCUCAAACCAUUCUUCAAAGGAAUAUGAAAGAGGAACUUGGGUUUCUAUAUAUAAAAAAAAAUGUUUUUGGGCAGUUUGAUUUUUGGGAUAUAAAAAUUGUAAUUAGUUAUAUGAACUCAAUCUUUUAAUUGA